CAACAAUUAACUGCGAAGAACAUAAUUUUACACGCAAUCUUCGACAAAUAUCCCAAUCCUACUCUUAUAUUAUAUUCGCAGUUCUUCUCUCUCUUUCUCUCUUGAGAUAGAUUCUUCGAGACCUUCAUAAACAGCUACGCUCAUACGACAAUUUGGAAGGGAGACUGGAACUUAAAUUCAAGCUAAGUUGGUGAAUUAGGGGUUCAAAAAAUUGGCGAGACCGACGAAUUAGGAUGAAUUGUUGUUAGGGUUUAAAUGCACCAGAUUAUUUUAUUGUGAAGUAAUCCUGGGGAGUGAAGGCUCUCGGUUUAAGCGGUGUUUGUGUUGCGUUGAUUGGCUGGUGCGGUACUGGCGUUCUGGCGGUUCCGCUACCAUGGAAGUCGAUUCGCCUCCGGAAAUUACACCCCUCCGGCCUCGUGAUCGAAUCAUACGGAGGCUUGCUCUAUUGGGAGUGCCUGAGGAGUUUCUUGAUCAGUUCCAUCGUGGGUUAGUUGCUUUUGUCAAAAAGAACAAGCAACGGAUACCAGAGCUAGUUUCUGCUAUAUUACCUGCUGAUGAGGAAGUAGCUGAAGUUCUAAAUGAAGCUAAACCGGGGUCUAAAAGACAAUCAGCAGCAGUAACCAUGAAAAAUCGAUUCCGUGAAAGCAUGGCGUGGUUACAGUGGUUGAUGUUUGAGGGUGAACCUUCUUCAGCCCUGAGGAAUCUCUCCAAAAUGAGUGUUGGGCAGCGUGGUGUUUGCGGAGCUGUUUGGGGGCAGAAUGAUAUAGCAUACAGGUGCCGAACAUGUGAACAUGACCCAACGUGUGCAAUUUGCGUUCCGUGUUUUCAGAAUGGGAAUCACAAGGAUCAUGAUUAUUCUGUUAUUUAUACUGGCGGUGGUUGUUGUGAUUGUGGUGAUGUUACAGCAUGGAAGCGUGAAGGCUUUUGCUCAAAGCAUAAAGGUGCAGAACAGAUACAACCCCUUCCAGAGGAGUUUGCAAACAUUGUGGGGCCCGUUCUUGAUUGCGUCUUUGUUUCUUGGAAAAAUAAGCUACUUCUUGCUGAAACUACCUACCGGGAAACCCCUAGAGCAAGCGAUAUUGUUACAGAGUGUAAGAAGGUUGCAAAUGAGUUAACUUUUGUUGUGGUUGAGAUGCUUCUAGACUUCUGCAAACACAGUGAAAGUUUGCUGAGUUUUGUAUCUAAGAUGAUUUUAUCAUCAGGGGAUUUAUUGGGGAUUCUUGUGAGGGCAGAGAGGUUUCUGACCGAAGCUGUUGUGAAAAAGCUCCAUGAGUUGCUCCUGAAAUUGCUGGGGGAACCUAUUUUCAAGUAUGAGUUCGCAAAAGCAUUUUUGUGUUAUUACCCAGCUGUUGUAAGUGAAGCCAGAAUGGAAUUCAGUGACGUUUCUGUAAAAAAGUAUCCGCUGCUCUCUGUAUUCUCAGUACAAAUCUUCACAGUGCCAACUUUAACACCUCGUCUUGUGAAAGAAAUGAACCUACUGCCUAUGCUGAUGGGAUGCUUGCAAGAUAUUUUCGUUUCCUGUGCUGGUGAUGACGGUCGUUUACAGGUUACCAAGUGGUCAAAUUUAUAUGACAUCACCAUUCGUGUCAUUGAAGAUAUUCGAUUUGUUAUGAGCCAUGCUGUAGUGCCCAAAUAUGUAACUCAUGACAAGCAAGAUAUUUCAAGAUCUUGGAUGAGACUGUUGACUUUCGUGCAAGGGAUGAAUCCACAAAAAAGGGAAACAGGCAUCCGCAUUGAAGAAGAAAAUGAGAGUAUGCAUCUGCCAUUUGUUCUAGGCCAUUCAAUUGCCAACAUUCAUUCUCUAUUGGUGGAUGGGGCAUUUUUUGUGGCUAGCGACAAGAUGGAUGAAGACUUUCAGGAUAUGGAUGACAGGGAUAGCCUAAGACAUGCAAAAGUAGGACGGUUGUCCCCGGAAAGUUCCGUAUGCAGUGCAGUGGGGAGGAGUAGUUCAUUUGCAUGUGCAUCGAAGGUUUCUGAAGAUAAAUCAGAUGCUCUUUCUGAUUUGUUGAUUCCACCAUCUGUAAUGUGGCUAACCUAUGAGUGCUUGAGGGCCAUUGAGAAUUGGUUGGGAGUUGAUAAUACCUCCAGGGCUCUUCUUGAUGCAUCUUCUCCAAGUACUAGCAAUUUCUCAGGUAGCAAUUUUUCAGCACUGAAGAAAACAUUAUCCAAGAUCAGGAGAGGCAAUAUAUUUGGUAGAAUUGUCACUUCAAGUGAAGAUCAUGGCAAGCAAUGUUCAUCGCUUUUAUAUAGUGAUUGCAAUAUGAGUGUUGACUUCCAGAAUGGUAAAGUUGCAGGCCAGGAAACUAAAUUAAUGGUUCCCGACGAAAUUGAUUCAGUUAAUGCAUGUAGUCCUGCAGGAUUGGAUGAUAGUGCCAUGGAAGUAGAUGGUGCCAUGGACUUAGAUGCUUUACGUGUUCUGAGUUCGUCGGAUUGGCCAGACAUAACAUAUGACAUUAGUUUGCAGGAUAUAUCUGUUCACAUUCCUUUACAUCGGUUACUUUCCUUGCUUUUACAGAAAGCAUUGAGAAGAUGUUUUGGUGAAGUGCCAGAUUUGGCUAGUGCUACUUCUGCAAAUUCAUCUUCAGCUAUUUUGACUGACUUCUUUGGAAAUUUUCUAGGGGGCUGCCACCCAUAUGGAUUUUCUGCCUUUGUUAUGGAGCAUCCCCUUAGGAUCAGAGUAUUUUGUGCUGAGGUUCAUGCUGGAAUAUGGCGGAAAAAUGGGGAUGCUGCCCUAUUAUCAUGUGAGUGGUAUCGUUCAGUUCGCUGGUCUGAACAGGGUUUGGAGCUUGACCUGUUUCUGCUUCAGUGCUGUGCUGCCUUGGCUCCAGCUGAUCUUUAUGUUAAUAGAAUUGUAAAACGCUUUGGUCUGUCAAGCUACCUUUCUUUGAACCUUGAGCGCUCGAGUGAAUAUGAAGCAGUUCUAGUGCAGGAAAUGCUAACUCUUAUUAUACAAAUAGUCAAAGAAAGGAGAUUUUGUGGGCUAACUAAAGCUGAAAGUUUGAAAAGAGAGUUGAUUCAUAAAUUAGCCAUUGCAGAUGCCACUCAUAGUCAACUGGUUAAAUCUCUUCCUCGUGAUCUAUCUAAGUUUGAUCAGCUUCCUGAAAUUUUGGAUACUGUUGCAGCAUAUUCCAAUCCCUCUGGCUUUAAUCAGGGGACAUAUUCACUACGAUGGACAUUUUGGAAAGACAUGGAUUUGUUCUACCCUCGUUGGAACUCAAGGGAUCUGCAAGCUGCAGAAGAAAGAUACUUGCGUUUCCGUAGCGUUUCUGCGUUGACCACUCAGCUACCGAGGUGGACUGAGAUUUAUCCUCCUUUCAAGGGGGUUGCUAGAAUAGCCACUUCUAAAGCAGUCCUUCAAAUUAUCCGUGCAGUGCUGUUUUAUGCUAUUUUUUCUGAUAAAUCAAUUGAUUCCCGAGCUCCUGAUGGUGUUCUUUUAACUGCAUUGCACUUACUCUCAUUAGCAUUAGACAUUUGUUUUCAACAUAAGGAAUCUGGUGAUCAGUCUUGUUAUGACGGAGAUGCAAUUCCCAUACUAGCUUUUGCUGGUGAAGAAAUUUAUGAAGGACCACAUUUAGGCGCUGGCCAACAAAGCUUGUUGUCACUUCUUGUGAUCUUGAUGAGGAUGCAUAAGAAAGAGAAUUUAGACAAUUGUUUGGAAGCUGGGAGUGACCUCUCUUCUUUAAUUGGAAGCUUAUUGAAGAAGUUUGCAGAGAUCGAUUCAGGAUGUAUGACCAAACUGCAACUACUUGCACCUGAAGUAAUUGGUCAUGUAUUACAAUCUUCUCCAAAUGGUGACACAUAUACCUCAGGUUCAAUUUCUGACUCUGAGAAGCGCAAGGCAAAAGCCAGAGAGAGACAGGCUGCCAUUUUGGAAAAAAUGAGAGCCGAGCAAUCAAAAUUUAUGGCAAGCGUUAAUUCCACUGUGGAUGAUGGCUCAAAAUCUGAGCAAGAGGUUUGUAACCCUGACAUUGAAGAUGAUUCAGAAGAGUCUGCAGAAGUUGUUUGCUCACUUUGCCAUGAUCCCAAUUCCAGAAAUCCCAUAUCCUACUUAGUUCUUCUUCAGAAAUCUAGGCUUUUGAAUUUCAUGGACAGAGGUCCCCUUUCAUGGGAACAACCUCGCUGGAUAGACAAGGAGCACAUCUCUACUAUCAAAGGUGUGGUGACUGAUCAAUCUGAAACAAGCUCUUCGUCAGGUGGUUCAGGGGUGGUACCAUCUUACCCUUUAAAACAGUUGGUUCAGGAUGCAGUCACUGAAUUUGCCUGUCAUGGGCAACCUAGGGAUGUUGAGGCUCUUCUAGAUUUUUUCAAGGGCCGGUUCCAUGAAUUAAAGAAUAUCCAAGUGCCACGUGAAUCAAAUGAUGAAAGUGAAAAGACUUUAUGUACAUUUGAGACAAUGGAAGACACUAUGUACCUCUCCAUCCAAAAAGAAUUGCAUGAUAAGAUGCUGCAUUCUAAGCUUACAGAGGAUAAGGGAUUUUCAACUCCUGAAGGGGAUCAAGAAAAAACUGAGCAUGCUGAAUUUAUGUUGCUUGGCAAAUAUACAGCUGCUCUUUCUAGAGAGACGACAGAAAAUUCUUCAUCCUCUGAAAGUCCCAAUGAGAAGGUGCCAAUAGAUUCUUCUCGGUUUUCAGCAUAUGAUGGAUUUGGCCCGAUAGAUUGUGAUGGAAUUUAUCUUUCUUCCUGUGGGCAUGCUGUGCAUCAGGGAUGCCUUGAUCGCUAUUUAUCUUCACUGAAGGAAAGGUAUCUCAGAAGAAUUGUUUUUGAAGGAGGACAUAUUGUAGAUCCAGAUAAGGGGGAGUUUCUCUGCCCUGUAUGCCGUCGACUUGCAAAUUCUGUGUUGCCUGCAUUGCCAGGGUUGUUCGAGAAGGUCUCGAAGGAGUCUCGUCAUUCAGGUGUUAGUUCAUCACAUGCUACUGGUCCAUUGGUCAAAUCAGGUGGAGAAAUUAAUUCUCUUCAGCUUCAGCAAGGCUUGGCUCUUGUGCAAUCUGCAGCAAAGGCAUCUGGGAAGGUUGGAAAUCUUAAAGGUUUUCCCCUGCAGAGAUGUGGAAGAAUGACCUCAAACCUUGAAAUUUCUCGUUUGCUCUGUAAGAUGUAUUUUCCGACUAAACAGGAUAAGUUAUCAGGAUCUGCCAGGGUCAGCCACCCAAUGCUCAUGUGGGACACAAUUAAGUACUCCCUAUUAUCAAUUGAAAUUGCUGCACGUUCUGGCGGGAAAUAUGCAACACCAAGCUAUGACCUUAAUGCAUUGUAUAAGGAACUUGAAUCCUCGAGUAGAUUUGUAUUGUCUUUGUUGCUGAAAGUAGUCCAAAGCAAAAGUAAGAAUUCUCUUCAUAUGCUUCAGAGAUUUAUAGGAAUUCAGAGCUUUGCAGAAUCUAUUUGCUUUGGAGUUUCCAUAGACCAUGGUAGCGAAACAUGUGGACAAGGGGCUAUGUUGCGUAUCUUGGAACAUGUUGAUAUGGCUGUAUCAUAUCCUGAUAUUCAGUUCUGGAAUAGAGCAUCUGAUCCUGUCCUUGCUCAUGAUCCUUUUUCAUCAUUGAUGUGGGUUCUUUUUUGUCUUCCAUACCGGUUUUUAUCAUGUGAAGAUUCCUUGUUAUCCCUGGUGCACUUAUUCUAUGUUGUGUCUGUAGUUCAGGGUAUAAUUGCUUAUCUUGGGAAAAAUCAAUGCGAUAUGAGUAAAUUAGGUGUUGAUGAUUGUCUGGUUACUGAUGUCUCUAAACUCAUGGGAGAAUCUGGAUGCCCGCAGCAAUAUUUUGUUUCAAACUAUAUUGGCUCUUCUUGUAACAGUAAUAUUAAGAACAUAGUUCGUAGCUUGAGUUUCCCUUAUUUGCGGAGGUGUGCAUUGUUGUUGAAUUUACUAAACUAUAAUGCCCAAGCACCAUUCUUUGAAAGGUAUAAUGUGUUAGAUAGAUCUCAUGCCAUUGGUGACAUGAUGGAUACCACUUAUGUGGCGCUGGUAGAGCUCAAUGAAGUUCAGGAGAUAGAAAGAAUGUUCAAGAUUCCUACACUUGAUGUUAUUCUUAAGGAUAAAGUCGUGCGUUCAAUGGUUCAGAAAUGGUUCCGUCAUUUUUACAAGGAGUUUGAAGUCCAAAGAUUUAGAGGAAGCAUACACUGUAAUCCUGCAGUUCCCUUCCAGUUGAUGCGUCUGCCCCGAGUUUACCAGGACCUAUUGCAGAGGUAUAUUAAACAGCGUUGUCCUGAUUGCAAAUCCAUCCUUGAGGAUCCCGCAUUGUGCCUGCUUUGUGGGAGAUUAUGCUCUCCAAGCUGGAAGUCGUGCUGCCGGGAAAGUGGAUGCCAAACUCAUGCAUUGGCCUGUGGUUCUGGUACUGGGGUAUUUCUGUUGAUCAGGAGGACAACAAUUCUGCUGCAAAGAUGUGCGCGGCAAGCUCCCUGGCCAUCACCGUACUUGGAUGCUUUUGGGGAAGAGGAUGUUGAAAUGCAAAGAGGAAAGCCGCUGUACUUGAACGACGAACGCUAUGCAGCUUUAACUUAUUUGGUUGCUUCUCAUGGUCUUGAUCGAAGUUCCAAGGUUCUUGGGCAAACUACUAUUGGUUCUUUGUUCAUUGUUUAGUUUGGAUUUGAAGGCGGUAUAUUUCGUGACAGAUUUAUGCCGGGGGAUGACAAAGGAUUCUUGAUAGUAACAGAGAAUAUCCAGUUCUGACAAUAAAUCUGCACCUUGCAUUAAUGGUUCAGUUUACCGCACAUUGAGAUGGUUGGAUUUUCCUCUCCGCAUGUUGAAAAUUUGGUUCCAAGGGAAGACCAUCUGUCGGCAGGUUGUUCCGUUUGUUUUUUUUAUGGUUGUACAGUUCAAUAUGAUGCCUCAGGCUGAAGCCUGGCAGCAUACAGGGUUGUGGAGUCAUUGCGAAACAGUUGUACAUAGAUAUUUUAUAACAUCAGUCACGAGCCACUGGUUAAGGUUAGAGUGGCACUUGCAUGGAGAGGAACUCAGUCUAUUCCUCUUGCUCUCUCCUUCACUUUGUGGAGUUAUUUAUUGUUUUGUUAUUACAUUCUUUUUAAUUAUCAGUGAGCUGAGGGGGGGAGGGGAAAGAGGGGGUGUGACUUCUGGAGCUGUUACGAGAGAUUUCAUACUGUUUUGGCUGGGCUUGGUGAUAAAUCCUUUGAUGU